ACUCAGAUCAAAGCAAGAAGCCCAAACCCACUGGUGAAGGACCUUCUCGAUCGUUAUCGUUAUCUAUCAAGACCUUUCGGGAUUUCAAGCUCCGACUUGCCCAACUAGUCUUAGUCUUAGGAGGAGGGAAUUAUCAGGAUUAGGAUAUAAGCACACGCUCGUUGCUUGUUGAGAUAUGAGCAUGGACGCUGUUACUUCCAAGAUGGAGAAUUUGUUGAAAGCCGGUGGGAACGUCUUGCCCUCGGCCUUGAGGCCUGAUGGAGUUGCCGCGCAGAACGGGGGCAGUGGGACGUCCACCCCGCAGAGGUUGAGGAAGGAUACCAUCGGCUACAAGACGACCGAUUUCCCUCAGAAGGACCAACAACGCACCGAGGUCGAGAGGAUCGUCCUCCAGCUCGGAUUCAUCCCCCAGCCCUUGAUCGCGGGGGAAGUCAACUGGUACUACCAAUCCCUGGGGAUCGACAACACGUACUUUUUGAACGAAUCCCCGACGGUGAUCGCCGAGGCUAUCCUCUCGCUCUAUGCGGCCAAGGUCUUGGCGUACACGAAACAUGAUCCCAACAGGUUGACUAUCGAUUUGGAGAAUGUGACUACCGAGGAGAUGAGCAAGGCUACGGGCGGGAAGAAGAAGGAAGGUGCGGUUUGGAUUCAUACGAGUCAGCCGGGUAUCAGUGCGGUCGAGGGCCCCGGGGCCGAGGUCGAGAAGAAGAUCGACGAAAACUACCUGAACAACUCGACCAUCGACAAGGCUUACCGACUCGAGACCUACCGAUCGACCGGGGCCAUCUCCUCGGCUUCGCGUCAACAACUCCGAUGCUACUUCCUGCAACGAUGCGUCUUUCCCGAGGGUAACCCGCCCUCGCUCGACUCGGACAAGCCGGUCGACAUCAAGACCGUCUCGGACAGGUCGUUCUUGGAAAAGGCCUCGGACAAGACGCUCGAGAUCUAUCAGCAUGUCAUGGACCAGGUCAGGAAGAGGAGCGGGCCCGUAAUCGAGUUGUUCGAGGUCGAGGAGAGUAGGGAGAGGAGGGUCGUCAUCGGUUACAAGAUGGGCGGGACCAAGCAGUUCUUUUCGGCCCUGUCGGAUCUUUACCACUUUUACGGUCUCUACUCGGCUCGAAAGUACGUCGAGCAGUUCUCGAACGGGAUCACCAUCAUCUCGAUGUACCUCAACCCGGUUCCCAACUCGCGAGCGCCUCCCAUCGAGCACUCGAUCCAUCAGGUCAUCAAGGAGACCUCGCUGCUGUACUGUCUGCCCCACAACCCGUUCUUCUCUGUCAAGGCCAACCCGGAUCGGGACCACGCGGUGCAAGAGGCCACGUACGCGUAUGUCGGGUGGAUCUUUGCUCAGCACUUUUGUAACCGUCUUGGGGCGAGUUAUAUCGCUUUGAAGAACCUCCUGGACGAGAACAACCCGUCCCACGCCGAGGCUCUGCAGAGCAUCAAGACCAGACUCCGUGACGAGACCUUUACCCGGCAAUUCAUCCAGGAGACCUUGCAAAACUACCCCGAGCUCGUCAGGAUGUGCUACAUCAACUUCGCUAUGACCCACUACCCGGCCUUGGACGAAGCCAGCCAGCUCACCCCGACGCUCAGUUUCCAACGACUCAAGACCGAGCAACCGUUGGAGGAGGCCGAGCUCGUCAGGGAGAUCCGAAAGCGAUGCAAUGACGAAGAGGCCCAGAUCCUCGAGGCCUUGUUGGUCUUCAACAAGCACGUGCUCAAGACCAACUUUUACCAGCCGACCAAGGUCGCCCUCUCGUUCCGACUCAAGCCGGAUUUCUUGCCCCAGAUCGAGUACCCCUUGACGCCGUUCGGGAUCUUCUUCGUCGUCGGAUCCGACUUCCGUGGAUUCCACGUUCGAUUCAAGGACGUCGCUCGAGGUGGUGUUCGAGUCGUGCGAUCGCGAGGCAGGGAGGACUAUGCCAAGAACGCCAGGACCUUGUUCGACGAGGCCUACGCUUUGGCCAGCACCCAGCAGAAGAAAAACUGCCUCAUCGUCGAAGGCGGUGCCAAGGCGGCCAUCUUGCCCAACCUCGACGCCAACUUUACCUUGUGCUUCGAAAACUUUGUCGACGCCGUCAUCGACUUGCUCAUUCCCGGUCAAUCGCCCGGCAUCAAGGAGAAGAUUGUCGAUCUGUCCGGACGCAAGGACCCGGAGGUCUUGUUCUUCGGUCCCGAUGAGAACACUGCCGGCCUCAUGGACUGGGCUUGUUUCCACGCUCGAAAGAGGAACGCCCCGUGGUGGAAGUCCUUCACCACCGGAAAGAGUGCUUCGGCUCUCGGUGGUAUCCCUCACGACGUGUACGGCAUGACCUCAUUGUCCGUCCGACAAUACUUGCUCGGUCUUUACCGAACGCACGGUCUUACGGAGAAGAACGUCACCAAGGUUCAGAUCGGAGGACCCGACGGUGAUCUCGGUUCGAACGAGAUCUUAUUGAGCAACGACAAGACUGUCGCUAUCGUCGACGGAAGUGGAGUCCUGCACGACCCCAACGGUAUCGACCGAAGCGAGCUCACUCGUCUCGCCAAGGCUCGACAGACCGUUUCGAACGUCGACCGAGCCAAGAUUGGACCCGGUGGAUACCUCAUCCUGCUCGAGGACAAGGGAUUCGUUUUGCCUUCCGGCGAGGUCAUUGCCGAUGGCUUGACCUUUAGGAACACCGCCCACCUCCGUUUCAAGGCCGACAUGUUUGUGCCUUGUGGAGGUCGACCCCAGGCCAUCAACUUGUCCAACGUCAACCAGCUCUUCGACGCCGAGGGCAAGUGCCACUUCAAGUACAUUGUCGAGGGAGCCAACUUGUUCAUUACCCAAGAGGCCCGUGAGCGACUCGAAUCCAAGGGGAUCGAGCUCUACAAGGACUCGAGCGCCAACAAGGGAGGAGUCACCUCGAGCUCGCAAGAAGUCUUGGCCGGUCUCGCCCUCAACGACGAGGAGUACAUUGCCAACAUGCUCUUCAAGGACGGCGCGCCUACGCCCUUCUACGAGGCUUACGUCAAGGACAUCCAGGCAUUGAUCGCCCGUAACGCCUCGGCCGAAUUUGUCGCGCUCAACAAGGAGUACGCUCGACACAACGGCAAGGUCUUGCGAACCAGGAUCGCCGAUGAACUCGCCAGCGCUCUCAACAACCUUCAAGCCGAGCUCGAGACCAGUGCUCUGUACGAGCAAGUCGAAAGCCGCAAGAACGUGUUGGCCAGGGCGUUCCCCAAGACCUUGAUCGACUUUGUCGGCCUCGACAAGUUGCUCGAACGUCUCCCUGAGCCGUACCUUCGUGCUCUCUGGAGUGUCAAGAUCGCCUCCGACUUUGUCUUCUCCAAGGGUCUCGGAGCUAGUCAGGUCGACUUUUUCCUCUUCUUCUCGUCAUUGUCUUCGUGAUCUCUGGCGCAGUUUCUCUAUCUACCUUUCUCGUCUCGUUUCCGUUAUUAGCAUUCCGACACAUCAUCUUCCUCUCUUACAGUCAACAUCAGU